CAAACGCAUCCACGCCACUCCAAGUGCUACUUCCCGCUCACGAGCUGAAAAAAUAUCCCCUUCUCUCUCUCUCGCUGUCUGGCUCCGGCUCGGAAAAAUUCGUCCACGGCUGUCCGAAUUAAAUCUGGAAAAUGGGGGGAGUCCGAGUCCCAAGGCAAAUGUUUCUGUGGAGCAUGGCGAGCAUAUAUUUGUUUGCUUUUGCAUCUCUCUAUAUCCAGAUACCAGGUCUGUAUGGGAAAGAUGGUGUUAGGCCGGUCCAUAUGCCCGAAGUUGAGUCGCCUCUGCUGGAGAAGCUGCAGGACAUCCCGUCCCUCCUGUGGCUGACUCCGUCCCUGGGCAUCGGACCUCAGCAGGGUCUGGAGCUCAUCUGCCUUCUGGGGGCGCUGCUGAGCCUGGGAGCCAUGCUGCUGACUGGCCUGAGAGACAGCCUGGUUUAUCUCUGCCUCUGGGUGCUUUACCUUUCUGUGUACACUGUUGGAGGAGAUUUUCUUCACUCUGAGUGGGACAAUCUUCUGUUAGAGGCAGGGUUUCUGGCCUUCCUGGUUGCUCCAUGUGCUUUACUGCGAAGCUCUUCUGCUCCACAUGACAGCGUGACCUUCUGGUUGCCCCGCUGGCUGCUCUUCAGGCUUGUACUUUGCACUGGGGUGAGCAAGCUGGCCAGCGGUGACCCGUGCUGGUGGGACCUCACAGCUCUGAGUCGGCAUUAUAGCACCCAAGAAAGCCCCACCCCCUUGGCCUGGUACGCCUCUCAGCUUCCCGAUUGGCUGUCAAGGCUCGGUGCAGUUAGCAUAUUAGCAGUUGAAAUCGCUGUUCCGCUGUUGAUGUUCUUCAUUCCUGUUCGUGGAUUAAGAAUCAACGCCUUUUCCAUCCUGGAGGUUCUGCAGCUCUUCAAAGUCCUCUUGGGUGGCUUAAGCCUGAAUAACCUGCUGACCAUCGCACUGAGCUUCUCUCUGCUGGACGAUGAGGUGUUCGAAUGCGCGCCAGUCCCCAAGAAAAAAGCCAAGACUAGGACUUGGGGCCAGGUUUUGGGCUCUGUUCUGACAUUUCUUUUUAGGCUGGCUGUCCAUCUGCUAAUUAUUUUCAGCACUGUAAAGUUCUUCAAACUGGAAAUCGAUUGGGAGAAGAAGAGUGUGACGUCCAAACCGACCUUUUCCCAUGAAAGCUUUAAUGACUUUGUGAAGCAGAUCCAGGUUCCCAGCAUUUGGUUAGGAGUGCUCUCUCUGACUUGGGAAGUUGUCGCUGCUCUGCUUAAGUGCCUGUAUGUACGAGGCGUCCUGGGCAAGCUGUGGGCGUUCAUCCAGUGCGUCGUGUUCACGGCUGCCACUGUGGGGGUUUUCACCCUUAGCCUGGUGCCGUACACAGCUCUGGCUGGAAUGUCCAGCAAAAUUUUACCUGAGGUUCGAGGAGCCUACGAAGCGGUGGAGAAGUUUCAGCUCGUCAGCUCAUACGGCAUUCAGCACAGAAUGAUUCCUCCUGCAGGACGACCAGAGAUCGUCAUCGAAGGCAGCAUGGAUAAGAAAGAUUGGACGGAGCUGAGCUUCAUGUACAAUCCCAGCAGUGUUCCUGCGGUCCUGGGGCCUCAUGAGCCGCGGUUAGACCGGCUGCUGUGGGAAGCAGCUCGAGAACAUCAUGAGCAGAAUCCCUGGUUUACGGGCCUGAUGAAGCGCCUGCUGGAGGGCAAACAGGACGUGAUAAGUCUGCUACAGGUGGAUGAAGCUCGGUAUCCAUUCAGCUCCAAACCUCCAGCGUUCAUCAGAGCUAAAGUCUAUCAUUACCAUUUCACUCGCUCUCCUGCAGAGGGGACGGAAGCUCAGACGUGGUGGAAACGGCAUCUUGUGAGGGACUUCUUUCCCACAGUGCACUUGGGUGACCCUUUAUUUGAGGAGCUGCUGAGUGAAGCUGGACUUAAAGAGGAGUUCCCAGUCCAGCCUGUUUCACACACACCUCUUUCCCAGGCUCUGAAUGUGCUCCAAAGCCAGUCACAUGGUCUUUCUGGACACCUUCUGAUGUUGAGCCUGUUCAUCACCGUGGCUUCUAUUUUCCUCCUCAAAGCCCUGUUCUUUCGUACCAGGAGCACCAAAGCCACUAAAGCCAGACCGGCUGCGUCCGAACAAAAGAAUAAAAAAUCCAGAGACCACACCGAACCCUCUGAGAAAAGCCGCGCGGCCUCCAGCCGAGGAGGCAGGAAGGAGAACUCGGAAGAGAGGAAGCUGGACUCUGAUAAAAGCCCACGCAAGAGGAAGUAAGAUCCAGAAGCCAUGUUGGGCAAAGAUGGAGGAUUUAUUCUCAGGUGUACGCUGACUACGCAGUUACCAUCCAAUUCCAUACAUUAAAUUAUUUUUCUAAACUCCCCUCUCUGGUUAGCAAAGUGUUAUACGGUAAUAAUCAUUUUCUAGCAUGCGCUCUGUUACAGAACCACUCAGCAGUCGAUAGUCACACAUUUUCUUGUCCUUUACCUGGUAUCACUGUUAUAAAUUCACAAUUAGUUUGAAAUCAUUGGAGUCGUUAAUAUUUUUAUAGGAUCUUUUCAAGCGCCGUCUGCACAUCGGCUUGUUUAAUCACGUUCAUUUAAGAACUUGCGAGAUGUGUAUUUUUGUCCCAUGGUCUAAAAGUCUAACGGUUAUUAAACAUGUGAUGUUUUGUA